CAAAGUGCUGGGAUUACAGGCGGGAGCCACUGCGCCCGGCUGUAUUUCCCCAUUUCUAAAACAAACUGCUUACUCAUUUUUCCACAGCUCACUCUUUUCUGCUUGUAUUUUUCACUCAAACAUGUUCUUCUUUGGUAGCUUGUUUCCAUUUCUUGUGUUUUCUUUCCUUCCCAUGCAAUCGGGUGCGGUGCAGUUGGGCAAGGAAUAUCUGAAGUGCGUAGGGGAGCAGGAGCAUGGAGGCCGCGUGCCCACUGGGCCUAGACAUGUAAUGUGUCACUGCAAGAAAGCAAGGGAUGGGGCUCAAAUGUCAGGAGGCUGAGUACCAAAUACUCCAUUGAGAAGUAUCUGCCUUCAAGUACUCUGGGACUCCGGUAGAACCUGAAGUAUGGAACACUGAAGUAUCCUACUGAACUCUUAAAAAUCUCCGUGGUUUCACAGUUGAGGAGAAUUCCUGUGAAGGAGUAAGGACUGUAUUCUUAGCUUGUUUGUGAAAAGACUCUUCACCAGGUCGUAGAUUGGUUGGUCUCUAAGAUGGAGAAUUUAUGUGAGUUACUUUUGACCUUGGUACUGAUAUUUAGAAAGUUUAAAUUUGGUUAGUUAUAAUUUUGAUACUGAGCAUUUUCCCAGUUGUUUUGUUUCUUAUUAAUUGAGGGUUAAGAUAUGGGAUGGAGAGGUCCGUGGAAAGGCAUGGACCAAAAACCAGCAUUACUCACCAGUGAGCCUGUUGACUUGACUGGAUUAUUAAAGGCUGUCUCUCGGCAGGGAAAUCUGGACAAUUAGGUGGUCGUGACCUGCCUGCCUUUUGCAUUCUCUUUUGCUGGGUUUAUUGCAUCUGUUAUUUCCUCUGGGGGCCAUCCCUCUUGCCGUUUGAAUUGUACUCACCCUAGGCUGAAAUGGAGAAGUGUGUUAACGGGUAACAGUGACUCCCAGGGACCGUGAGAAGUUUCAGGAACAUUUAGAAACGCAAAGAGUUAGCACUGAGCUUCUGGCUGAUAGCCCAGGUGUGUCUGCUGCGGCCCUGGUUCCCCUUGGCACUCCUGAACUGGGGCUGCCUAUGUGUACAGUUUAGUCUUCUUGCUAAGUUUUAUUUUUAUUAUACUUUAAGUUCUAGGGUACAUGUGCACAACAUGCAGGUUUGUUACAUAUGUAUACAUGCGCCUUCUUGCUUCUUGAUGUAAACUUCCAGAUUUUCAUCUCAGUAAACUCUACACAGUCCGUGUUAUGACCCAUUGUACUGGGGACUCUUCCAUAAACUCUUAGUGCCUCUGGAAUGAUUAGUCAUGCUGGAAACGUAACAGUGAGCCUCUGCAUUCUUGAUAUCUGAUCAUCUUAUUCAUAAUUCUUUAACUAAAUGGUAUUUUCUGAUUUCUGUAUCAUAGGGGAAAACUUCCAUGUCCUGGAAGGCAACGUGGUUGGUGAAGUCUGUGAGUUUGUGUGUGUGUGUGUGUGUGUGUGUGUGUGUGUGUGUGUGUGUGCAUGACAGGACAGGAGUGUUGGGAUUUAAUAUCAUGACCCAUUUGAGGAAUGGGAAUGUCUUCUGUAAAUAUCCUGAUCCAGCGCUAGUUGUUUGGGAUGAAAGUGUGUGUUAAUUUUGUUUUUGUUUUUUAUCGAUUCUUCUUCCCUCACUUAAGAUAGACAAAAAACAGCUAUCAAUAGCAAAUCUGUCAGGUGUUUAUUAUGCCUUUGUUAAGAAGGAGAGAUUGCUUAAAAGGAAAAGCUGUUUUUCAAAGUCAAGGUCUUAAAAGAUUUUCAACCUUUUUGCAUUUUGUCUUCUGAGAAGUCAGGAGGAAAUGAUGUCGAGGGCCUACAUGUUUACCUUUGGUGACCUGGAUUUGCAAUGAGUGUUUGGUUCUCUUUGAUGGGGAAAAAGGGUCCCUUACAAGGGUUUCUAGAGGGAGGAAGUAGGUUAUGGGGUGAAGUGCUCAUUUGGCAGGGAGAGUAAAGGAAAGCUCCUUUGCUUACCUCAAACCAUGGCUCAAGCUGUGUUCUGCUGUUUCUUUGCCUUAGUCUUGGAGGUUAACAUUGCAUUCCCUAUGUCUUGUUCAGAAGGAAAGUGCCAAAGUAAUCCAGCCCAUAUUUUUGGGAAAAAUUAUUAAUUAUUUUGAAAAUUACGAUCCCAUGGAUUCCGUGGCUUUGAACACAGCGUACGCCUAUGCCACGGUGCUGACUGUUUGCACGCUCAUUUUGGCCAUACUGCAUCACUUAUAUUUUUAUCACGUUCAGUGUGCUGGGAUGAGGUUACGAAUAGCCAUGUGUCAUAUGAUUUAUCGGAAGGCACUUCGUCUUAGUAACAUGGCCAUGGGGAAGACAACCACAGGCCAGAUAGUCAAUCUGCUGUCCAAUGAUGUCAACAAGUUUGACCAGGUGACAGUGUUCUUACACUUCCUGUGGGCAGGGCCACUGCAGGCGAUCGCAGUGACUGCCCUACUCUGGAUGGAGAUAGGAAUAUCGUGCCUUGCUGGGAUGGCAGUUCUAAUUAUUCUCCUGCCCUUCCAAAGCUGUUUCGGGAAGUUGUUCUCAUCACUGAGGAGUAAAACUGCAACUUUCACGGAUGCCAGGAUCAGGACCAUGAAUGAAGUUAUAACUGGCAUAAGGAUAAUAAAAAUGUACGCCUGGGAGAAGUCAUUUUCAGAUCUUGUUACCAAUUUGAGAAAGAAGGAGAUUUCCAAGAUUCUGAGAAGUUCCUACCUCAGAGGGAUGAAUUUGGCCUCAUUUUUCAGUGCAAGCAAAAUCAUCGUGUUUGUGACCUUCACCACCUACGUGCUCCUUGGCAACGUGAUCACAGCCAGCCGCGUGUUCGUGGCCGUGACACUGUACGGGGCUGUGCGGCUGACGGUCACCCUCUUCUUCCCCGCAGCCAUUGAGAAGGUGUCAGAGGCAAUCAUCAGCAUCCGAAGAAUCCAGAACUUUUUGCUACUUGAUGAGAUAUUGCAGCGUAACCGUCAGCCACCGUCAGAUGGUAAAAAGAUGGUGCAUGUGCAGGACUUUACUGCUUUUUGGGAUAAGGCAUCAGAGACCCCAACUCUACAAGGCCUCUCCUUUACUGUCAGACCUGGUGAAUUGUUAGCUGUGGUCGGCCCCGUGGGAGCAGGGAAGUCAUCACUGUUAAGUGCUGUGCUCGGGGAAUUGGCCCCCAGUCACGGGCUGGUCAGCGUGCAUGGAAGAGUUGCUUAUGUGUCUCAGCAGCCCUGGGUGUUCUCGGGAACUGUGAGGAGUAAUAUUUUGUUUGGGAAGAAAUAUGAAAAGGAACGAUAUGAAAAAGUCAUAAAGGCUUGUGCUCUGAAAAAGGAUUUACAGCUGUUGGAGGAUGGUGAUCUGACUGUGAUAGGAGAUCGGGGAACCACGCUGAGUGGAGGGCAGAAAGCGCGGGUAAACCUUGCAAGAGCAGUGUAUCAAGAUGCUGACAUCUAUCUCCUGGACGAUCCUCUCAGUGCAGUGGAUGCGGAAGUUAGCAGGCACUUAUUCGAACUGUGUAUUUGUCAAACUUUGCAUGAGAAGAUCACAAUUUUAGUGACUCAUCAGUUGCAGUACCUCAAAGCUGCAAGUCAGAUUCUGAUAUUGAAAGAUGGUAAAAUGGUGCAGAAGGGGACUUACACUGAGUUCCUAAAAUCUGGUAUAGAUUUUGGCUCCCUUUUGAAGAAGGACAACGAGGAAAGCGAACAACUUCCAGUUCCAGAAACUCCCACGCUGAGGAAUCGCACCUUCUCAGAGUCUUCGGUUUGGUCUCAACAAUCUUCUAGACCCUCCUUGAAAGAUGGUGCUGUGGAGACCCAAGAUACGGAGAAUGUCCCAGUUACACUCUCAGACGAGAACCGUUCUGAAGGAAAAGUUGGUUUUCAGGCCUAUAAGAAUUACUUCAGAGCUGGCGCUCACUGGAUUGUCAUCAUUUUCCUUAUUCUCCUAAACACUGCAGCUCAGGUUGCCUAUGUUCUUCAAGAUUGGUGGCUUUCGUACUGGGCAAACCAACAAAGUACGCUAAAUGUCACUGUAAAUGGAGGAGGAAAUGUAACCAAGAAGCUAGAUCUUAACUGGUACUUAGGAAUUUAUUCAGGUUUAACUGUAGCUACCGUUCUUUUUGGCAUAGCAAGAUCUCUAUUGGUAUUCUACGUCCUUGUUAAUUCUUCACAAACUUUGCACAACAAAAUGUUUGAGUCAAUUCUGAAAGCUCCGGUAUUAUUCUUUGAUAGAAAUCCAAUAGGAAGAAUUUUAAAUCGUUUCUCCAAAGACAUUGGACACUUGGAUGAUUUACUGCCACUGACGGUUUUAGAUUUCAUCCAGACAUUGCUACAAGUGGUUGGUGUGGUCUCUGUGGCUGUGGCUGUGAUUCCUUGGAUCGCAAUACCCUUGGUUCCCCUUGGAAUCGUUUUCAUUUUUCUCCGGCGAUAUUUUUUGGAAACAUCAAGAGAUGUGAAGCGCCUGGAAUCUACAACUCGGAGCCCAGUGUUUUCCCACUUAUCAUCUUCUCUCCAGGGCCUCUGGACCAUCCGGGCAUACAAAGCAGAAGAGAGGUGUCAGGAACUGUUUGAUGCACACCAGGAUUUACAUUCAGAGGCUUGGUUCUUGUUUUUGACAACAUCCCGCUGGUUCGCCGUCCGUCUGGAUGCCAUCUGUGCCAUGUUUGUCAUCGUCGUUGCCUUUGGGUCCCUGAUUCUGGCAAAAACUCUGGAUGCCGGGCAGGUGGGCUUGGCGCUGUCCUAUGCCCUCACACUCAUGGGGAUGUUUCAGUGGUGUGUUCGACAAAGUGCCGAAGUUGAGAAUAUGAUGAUCUCAGUAGAAAGAGUGAUUGAAUACACAGACCUUGAAAAAGAAGCACCUUGGGAAUAUCAGAAACGCCCGCCACCGACCUGGCCCCAUGAAGGAGUGAUCAUCUUUGACAAUGUGAACUUCAUGUACAGUCUAGAUGGGCCUCUGGUACUGAAGCAUCUGACAGCACUCAUUAAAUCACGAGAAAAGGUUGGCAUUGUGGGAAGAACCGGAGCUGGAAAAAGUUCCCUCAUCUCGGCCCUUUUUAGACUGUCAGAACCCGAAGGUAAAAUUUGGAUUGAUAAGAUCUUGACAACUGAAAUUGGACUUCACGAUUUAAGGAAGAAAAUGUCAAUCAUACCUCAGGAACCUGUUUUGUUCACUGGAACAAUGAGGAAAAACCUGGAUCCCUUCAAUGAGCACACGGAUGAGGAACUGUGGAAUGCCUUACAAGAGGUACAACUUAAAGAAACCAUUGAAGAUCUUCCUGGUAAAAUGGAUACUGAAUUAGCAGAAUCAGGAUCCAAUUUUAGUGUCGGACAAAGACAACUGGUAUGCCUUGCCAGGGCAAUUCUCAGGAAAAAUCAGAUAUUGAUUAUUGAUGAAGCGACAGCAAAUGUGGAUCCAAGAACUGAUGAGUUAAUACAAAAGAAAAUCCGGGAGAAAUUUGCCCACUGCACCGUGCUAACCAUUGCACACAGAUUGAACACCAUUAUUGACAGCGACAGGAUAAUGGUUUUAGAUUCAGGAAGACUGAAAGAAUAUGAUGAGCCAUAUGUUUUGCUACAAAAUAAAGAGAGCCUAUUUUACAAGAUGGUGCAACAACUGGGCAAGGCAGAAGCCGCGGCCCUCACUGAAACAGCAAAACAGGUUACCAUAUUCACUCAGUUGAAAUCGUCUCAGCCACAGCUUUGGGAUUCUGUAAAGAUAAAAGAUGCACCAGAGGGUUUCCUAGAUGCUUUGUCUUCAUCCUUCAAGCCAGGCGAUACUGCCACGUUCUGUGUACUUAGGGGCCACUUCUCUGCGCAGCGUUCAUCAUGACACCCAACACUAAUGCGGUAUACUUCAAAAGAAAUUAUCCACAUAUCGGUCACACUGACCAUAUGGUUACAAACACUUCCAAUGGACAGCCCUCAACCUUA